CCUCGAUGUUCGAUUAUAUUUGUAAAUAUUUAUGAGCGAUGCGAGGCGACCGCUUAUGUACGCGACGUUAAGUAUGGAAAUUUAAAGUCAUAUAAAUAAAAUCGCGAAUCCCUUACUGUCGCUGAUUGGAACGGUUUAGUUAUGUUUAAUCGGUGCUCGGAUUACGGCGCUUAAAAAUGUAGUGCAUUUAAUUGGACGGUGUUUUUUUUUGCUGUUAAAUUUCAUUGUGUGACAAAACAUAAUUCGAUUCUUUAAUAUAGCUGCUGUGCGUUAUUUAAAACCAAAACAUAAUUGUUUAUGGACUGUGUGAACACAAUGGUUAAUUCUAAUUAAAACUGUGGAAUUAUUGCCUUCGACAUAAGUAAAUUUUAAAUUUAAUUCAUAGGGUUAAUAACCGGGCGAGUUUGAGACGAAUGAAUUUUAGCGUUCUCUUUUUAUGAAAAGGACAACAUAUAAAAAAGACUGGCAACGACAACGAAUUUUUUUGCAUUUAAAAUAAAAUCAUGUGAACUGGUUCGAAACCAAUGCGCUAACGUGCAAAAAUGCCGCAACAAUAUAACACUUACUACUGAUUCACUAAUAGACUAUAACAUGCAAGCGAUAAUUUUCAAAUACAUUCAACUAUUUUGCGUGGCUGUUUUAUUUGACAAUGUCAGUUGUGAUCCCAUGAAGCUGAAGAGCUAUAAGGACGAUCUGCUCUUUUAUCGAACAGCUAGCUGUACGGCAUCCUGUAUGAAAUAUUCCAAUGCGACAUUACAGGAGUGUUACGAGCAAAUAUGCCAAACACGCAAAUUUAAUGAAACCGAUCCGGAGAGAAUAAAUGCGGCUGAUUUUAAAAUCAAUUUGCGAUGUCGCGACGACACAUCCUUGGUUAUUGAAAUUGUUGAUGGCAACGCUUCCGAUAGUAACCAUUAUGGACAGUUUGACUACUCACACAAGGAAAAUGUUAAAGGAAAUCUGUAUAUAGUGAAGAUAGAACAUUCGUAUACGUUUGCCGAAAAGAUUCUUUACAUUACAAAUUCCACGCUGAUUCCAAUAAAAGAACUGACGCCAAAUGUAACUUACAACAUAACAGUAACUCUAAUGCUUCCCAACUAUCAAUAUACGAAUGCGGUACAUUUGGAUUUAAUCAAAACAUUGCCGUCAGAAUACACUGCCUCCAAAAUCGAAAAAUCUGAAUAUAAAUUGGAAGUGAGCAAGACGUCAAAUAAAAUGUUUGAUGUCUUUGUAACUUGGGAUCCAGCCGAAGAUCGAACAUGCCAUUACCAAAUUCUAUUGUACGAUAGGACAGAUAAAGACGGCAACAUUCAAACAAAAUCAAUAAGUAAGCCUGAACUGUUGUACCAUUAUGUGAUCCGUGACCAGACUUUCGGAUCAGCUGAACCAGUAAUUGGCAUCCGAGGGUCAAAUAGAUUAGGUGAUGAAUCGAGUGUUGUUGAUUGGAUCGAAAUACAAACACCAACAUGCUGGGACUGGUAUCCCGAGGACAUAAAUUUGGAAAUUUGUCCACCAUACCCACCGACAAAUAUAAGCGUUCAGGCAUCUUUCUCUUCACUUAGUCUGUAUCGAAUGAAUGUUUCUUGGGAUAAACCGGAGAGACAACCCAGGUCAUAUGAAAUACUCAUAGGCAAUUCUAACAAUUCUUAUGCGAAAAAUGUGUCAGGGGAAAGCACACAUGAAGUUUUUGAAGAUGUUCAAUUGUUUGGAGAUCGAUAUUACGUCCAAAUAACCGCAUUUUCAUUGGGCGGAAUAAUCUCCCGUAGUGUACCGGAAUCUUUGCACACUGUUCCUGAUGUGGACAAUAGUCAAACUAAAUCAAUAAUUCUGUAUAUGGGCUGUUCAAUUAUUGGUGCUAUCUUUGUGGGGUUGUCGAUUGCAACGUUCAUUCAUUUCAAAGCAAGAUCUGAACGACGACGCCAUAGAAAGGUAUACUUUGAGGGACUGGAGAAGCAGCGACCUGCAGAAAUAAAAACCGAGGACAAAAUACUUUUGCUCGAGGAAGAGAUAAAAAAGUCUUUCCUAAACGAUGGCAUGGAGAUUGACGAAGACGAUAUUGAUAUUUUAGAUGGAAUUGGUGAAGGUGCUUUCGGAUUUGUUAGCAGAGGAAUUUUAAUACCAACCGGUAAGGAAGUGGCUGUGAAAAGGCUUAAAGAUAUGGUCACAUUUGAUGUGAUGCGUAAUUUUUGUCAAGAAGUAGAGGUCAUGAGAUCAGUGGAUAAACAUCCAAAUAUUGUUGGAAUUGUGGGACACUGUAUGAAGGACAUUGAGAAGAUGAUGAUAUUAACAGAGUAUUGCAGUAGGGGAAAUCUUCUAGAUUUUCUAAGAAACUAUUGGCAAAAGAUCAUGAGAUGUUCGUCAUCGAAAGCAUCUCUUUCAAAUGUUACCAUUGCUGAGGACUGUUCAUUUCAAAAACCAGUCGAGAGUGAUGUUAACUUCGGUUCGUGCGUGCCAGAGAAAAAUCUGAUUAAACAGAAAAAUCUACACACCGUAGACGACAGUUUACCGGUGGGCAUCAAAAAUUUAAUUAUCAAUAAAUUGUACGACGAAUGCAGCGACAAUUUGAAGCCGAAACCGUUAUUUACGCAUAACUGUGGCAAUUCAUGCAAAUCUUAUGUGGAUAUAAUUGAAGAGGAAAUAAGGGUCAGUGUGAAAGAUUGUGACUGCAGAAAAAAUCAAAAGAAUAAAUUGUUGAGCUACCUGGAUUAUGGUAAUGCGUUUGUGGAAAAUCCCGGCUACGAUCUGCAGAGUAAAGUGAACAAGCCUGUGCACAAUUCAGAGCCGAUUUUGACGAAAAAGGAUCUGUUGUCAUUCGCUUUACAAAUUGCGAUGGGAAUGGAGUUCCUUACAUCUAACAAAGUCAUUCACCGUGAUCUGGCCGCUCGUAAUGUUUGUGUGUGCUCCGAUUUUACUGUUAAAAUAGCCGACUUUGGACUUAGCCGAGACAUUUAUCAAGAAAAUGUGUACAAGAAAGAGACCGAUGGGAAGCUACCCAUCAAAUGGUUGGCAUUGGAAUCGAUGACCUUUCAAAUGUAUACCAGUCACAGUGAUGUUUGGUCCUAUGGCAUUCUGCUGUAUGAAAUUGUAACUCUAGGCAGUACCCCAUAUCCGUCAAUACAAACCGGAAAUCUAUUAAAACUACUGAUCGAAGGAUAUAGAAUGGAAAAGCCACCGAAUUGUGAUGAUAACAUAUACGAGUUAAUGUUAUCCUGUUGGAGAACUGUACCCACUGAACGGCCAACAUUCACCGAUAUAAAAUUGAAAUUGGAACGGAUAUUAUCGGAAUUUAGAGACAACGAACCGAUACACAAUAAAAUGUUUGAAGAAAAUUUAAGGUCGAUAACUUCGUCUGGGUCAUACCUUAAACCAUUAUAAGUAUGAUGGAUCAUAAUCAGACCCAACAGGGAUUUCAUUUACUUUGAGUGAAUAGUGUUGUGAAUCAAAAUCUAGUUGUUUUACGUUUAGUUAGUCUAAGUAAUUUAGUUGAAGUUGUUAAGAAGAAAAUUAUGUAACUCUACGCUGAAUAUAAUUAUACCAAUUUUUUAAGACCAA